CGGAAGUUGCUGCGCAAUCGUUUCCGGGGCAGGGUGAGGUGGAGGAAGAUUCCCAAUGGGUCGUAGCCGCAGCCGUUCUCCACGGAGGGAGCGCAGGCGGUCGCGGUCCACGUCUCGUGAGAGAGAACGCAGGCGCCGAGAAAGGUCCAGGUCCCGGGAGAGAGAUCGUCGAAGGAGCCGCUCUCGAUCUCCGCACAGAAGACGCUCCAGAUCCCCAAGACGGCAUAGAUCCACAUCUCCUUCCCCUUCUCGACUAAAAGAAAGAAGAGAUGAGGAAAAGAAAGAAACAAAAGAAACAAAGAGCAAAGAACGUCAGAUUACUGAGGAAGACCUAGAGGGCAAAACAGAGGAAGAAAUCGAAAUGAUGAAGUUAAUGGGAUUUGCCUCUUUUGACUCCACAAAAGGGAAAAAGGUGGACGGCUCUGUAAAUGCCUAUGCCAUAAAUGUGUCUCAGAAGAGGAAGUACAGGCAGUAUAUGAAUCGAAAAGGCGGAUUCAACAGACCUUUGGAUUUCAUUGCAUGAGAACUAAAAUGUUAAAGAAUGGGUUUUUUUUCCUCAUCUUGCUCAGAAGAGUGGAUUUUGUAUUUCAUAUUUAAUAUUCAUAAAAAAACAUGAUCACAGUCUUUACUCCCUGUAAAAGUAAGAAAAUGUUAUUUAUGAUGUGUGCAUUUCACUUACCCUGACUCAAAAAAAGAAAGGUUAAUAUUUUUUCCUUUUAGGAAAUGUCAUUUGGGGCAAUCAUCAACCCCAGUUUUUUGUUUUUAUUGUUGUGGAAGCUGCGUAUGUUUUCUUCUUGGAUGCUCAUUAGGACUUUUGAAAACACAUAAAAGUAAUUUGGAUGUAAGUUUCUCAAAUAAAGCAAUAUUUCUACCCUUU